AUGCCCCCAAAUCGGCCAAUUCGUAUCGGCAAUGCCUCAGGCGCAAUCGGGGACGGCAUCGACCAAAUCUACCGGCUCGCGCGCGACGGCGACAUUGACGCCAUAACAGCCGACUACCUCGCCGAGUUUAACAUCGCCUGGAAAGCCAUCGAAGUCGCGACAUCUCCUGACCUAGGCUACGAACCAAAUUUCCUAGAGCAGUUAGCAUGGCAGGAUGGUGCGGCCGCGAAGCUGAUUGCCCAGCGGAGGAUCAAAGUUGUGCAUGAUGGGGGCGCGUUGAAUCCGGAGGGUUUGGCUCGGAAGACUGAUGAAUAUUUCAAAUCUUUGGGGCUGGAGGGCAUGAAGAUUGCGUGGGUGAGCGGCGAUAAUGUCACAAAGAUAGUAAAGGAUGGGAAGUUGGGGAAAUUGAUGCAUCUCGAUCAGAAAGGUGUCGAGCUGGGCGAGCUGCGACAUAAGAUUCUAGCAGCGAAUGUAUACACUGGUAUGGCGGGUAUAAUGUCCGCACUCUCCACCGGCGCCGACAUCGUCAUCUGCGGCCGCUGUUGCGACGCCUCUCCUGUCAUGGGCCUCGCUGCAUGGUGGCAUAAUUGGAAUAUUACAGACUACCAGCAACUCGCCGGAUCCCUCCUUGCAGGCCAUAUUAUCGAAUGCGGUGCGUACGUCACGGGUGGCAAUUUCUGUGGCUGGCGAGAAAUCGAAAACAUGCAUCACAUUGGCUAUCCGAUUGCGGAAAUCGCAGCGGAUGGAACGAGCAUCAUCACCAAACCAGAACAUUCAAAUGGCGCUGUUACGGUCGAUACGUGCAAAGCCCAACUACUUUAUGAGAUCCAAGGCCCGUAUUAUCUAAAUCCCGAUGUCACUGCGCGCAUUGAUAACGCGAGAUUAGAAGAGGUGGGUAGAGACAAAGUUAGGCGGGAGAUUCAUGACGCUGAUUUCACAACGUUUAGUAUGGAGGUGUAUGGGAGUAGUCCGGUAGAUCCGAGGACCCAGCAGGAGUGUACGGUGAUGUUGAGGAUGUUUGCGCAGAGCGAGGACAAAGGUGCUAUUCAAAAGUUUAGGCGUGCAGUAUUUUAUAAUGGCAUGCAGGGGUAUUGUGGUCUGCAUCUGGGCAUGGAUUGGAGGACUAUGGAACCAAAGAUGUAUGUCAAGUACUUCCCCAGUCUGGUGCCGUCCGUCGGUGUACCACUCAAGGUACACUUUGUCGAUGCACCUGGCAAUGUUCUCGAUGUACCUGCGAAGAGGAAAGAGGAAUACGCAACCGCCGUCCCUGAGCAACCCUCCUAUGAACCCGAGAAUUCUACGAAUCUCGAUGAGUUCGGGAAAACGGUACGGCGGCCAUUGGGGGACAUUGCAUUCGGCCGCUCAGGUGACAAAGGCGGCAACGCAAAUAUCGGGCUCUGGGUUCGUGAUCGCGCUGCUUGGCCGUGGCUUCGGUCUUUCCUUACAUCGGCCAAGCUCGUGGAGUUGCUGGGUGAUGAUUGGAAGGAGCGGUAUUCAGUAGAGAGAUGUGAGUUCGAGGAUCUCAUGGCUGUGCAUUUCGUGGUCAAGGGGUUGUUGCAGGAUGGUGUUAGUAGCAGUAGCGUGCUCGAUGGGUUUGGGAAGAGUGUGGGCGAGUUUGUUAGAGCGAGGGUUGUGGAUUUGCCGGUGGGGUUGGUGGAAGCAGAGAGUAGGAAGAGGGAGAGGCGAAGAGGAGGGAGGUUGUAG